AUGACAUUUGAUAGAGGCCAAUUUACAGAGUUUCUCCAACAAGAAUUUGGCCUAACUCGAAGAAGUGGAAGGCCAACUUAUAGAAAACCCUAUCUAGAGUUUAUUGAUGAAGUUGAGUUCCCAAAAAAUUUCAAAAUUCGAGAGUUUACAACGUUCAAUGGAGAGGGCGAACAAUCCACAUUGGAACAUAUCAGCCAUUUCACUGUCCAAUGUGGAGAAGCAGUAGCCAAUCUAUGGCUGAAGGUGUGCUUGUUUCCAAACACACUGACUGGCUAUGCUUUCAGGUGGUAUUCCAACUUGCCAUCCAACUCUAUUCAAAGUUGGCAGCAUUUUAAGGAUUCAUUCCAUACUCAGUUAUAUAGAGCUGAGCCUGAAGUGUCCAUAGUAGACCUUUCUAGACUUCAUGAACUACCUGGAGAGUCGAUGAUGAGCUUCCUUUCCAGAUUUAGGAGGGUCAAGUACAAAUGUAAUUUGUCUUUGCUACCAGAAGAAUAUGUGAAGAUAGUUGUGAACGGCCUAAAAUUUGAACUUCGUAAGAAGUUUGAAGGGGUACAAUUCCAUGACUUGUUCGACUUGGCCAGUAGAGUGGCUAAGUAUGAAGAGCUCCUUCAUGAGGAACAAGACCAGAAGAGUUCUUCUAAGGGCACCUACUAUCGUGAUCCCAACUAUGAGGUGUAUACCACUGAAGUAGAUGGAGAGUUUGAGGUGAAUGUGGCUGAGCUCAACAUAAAAAAGGCUUAUACUUGUGUGGCUUUGGCGAAACCAAAAUCAGCCACAGCCAACUUACAGACCACCUCUAGUUCUAAGAGGAAGGGGGCAGACCCUUCCAGAAGUUACUUUUUUGACAUCUCUAAAGCCGACCAAAUUUUUGAUUUGCUCAUGACUGACAAGUAA